UCAUUCCUUGCACUAGUAACAAUCCGCCUAGCAAACGGGCCGCGUUCAUUUUAACACACCGCGGGUCAUGGCAACUGCGAUGUAAUCGUUUUGACGUUUUUCUUUCACUUCCCGUUGCGCGUUUGUUUCGCGUGUAGGCAUCGGCGAGCGUGGUUCAUUUGUUCCCGACGACGACGACGGCAUCUGUUUUUGUGCCGCGGCCAGCCGUGAUCGCCGGCAUAACACCGGCCUUUCGUUUGACGGAUUUUUUGACAAGUGCAGCAGGAAGCAGGAGACGAUAACGAAAGCUCCUCCACCGUUCGGGGUCAUAAGAUGAUCCCCAUGUCCGUCUCCUCGCUCCCAUAACCUUCCUCCGGCAAAAUGCUCUCCUAUAUGCUCCCAGUGGAAGAAAAACCGCCACCGAUACCGCCUAAGGGUCACCUCCAGUUGACCUUGAGUUCUGCAACUCACCAACAGCCGAUCGUAAGCAAUGGCAAGGCGCAUGCUACGCCGAUAAGCAAAGAGACUAGCGUUAGUAGCUUUGUAUCCGACACCACGGCUACCGCCAGUCAUAGCUCUAUGACGCCCACCAGCACUAGCACCGACAAGGGGAAACCCAGAUUAGCUAUCAAUGGCGGCAAGCAUCAGACGUUGAAAAGGGUGUCAUUCGGAAGCUCCAAAGGUUCCAUGGUGGAGACUCUGAUUUUUGAGAGUCCCCUUCAGGAGGGACCCGAGCCCAGUCCGAUUCCCGAAAACGGCGGGUCUUUUCCCGCAGGCUGUGAUUCAACCGAAGACGAACGAGAAAAAGUACGAGUGACGUUUUUCCAGCAGUCGAAGCCGCUGGAAGUCGACCUACCGGAUGACCAAACCUUCAAUCACGCGGAUUUCGUAAUGUCUUCGCCGGUUUUGAAGAACGACGUCAACCAUGUCGCCUACAACAGAACCGAAAGCACAGAGAGCGGUUGGGACAACCCCUUUCGCCCGGGAGGCGACCUCUCGCGCGAAGCGGACCAAAUAGUGGAGCUGAUAAAGGGCGGUAAGCCCAUAACCCCGACCCCUGGCAGCCAACCUCACGAAUUACCAUCCGUGGACGACUCUCCGAACUGCAACAACGGACCGGUAGAUAGGGUGGAUGCGCUGUCGCCUAAGAAAGCCAACGAAUUGGGCGCCACGCCCUUAUCCAAAGGUGGAGGGGCAAAAGUCAACGGAAGCGCCAAAGACCCCGCCCCCGGGCAGCUGGACGUUCAGAGGGGUACCAUCAAACCGGAAGGGGACGGGGCGCAAGUAGAACACGUGAUGAUAAAGAAGAAACCCAAGUGUCAGUGCUGUGUAAUACAGUAAGUGUUGGCAAUACGGCAGUAUGGAUUCCGGAGAUAAAAGAAUUAGUGAGAUUCGUAUUAUGUAGACGAGCGAACGGAAUGGUCUUGCGAUGUAGUUAGUUUAGCGUCAAGGUGCUAUUUCGGGGAAGCUUAAGUCGUAAGACCAUCCCAAGGCGUAUCGUUUUUUAGAAUGGUGGACCUAAAAUGGAACGAAUUUUUUUUUACACAGUUCCAUUGCAUUAAUCUCAAUCAAAAAUCAAGAAGAAUUAUGUUCAUAUUGCUUACUUCCUUGUUUAAUUGGAAUCUCUCGUUAAUUAGCAACAUUCAUCGCGUUUCAACCAUUCUUCAAUGAGAUUAGGGGCGUAAUUGAGUUGGUUGCUUAGUUUUGGUAAAACGAUUCUACGAUUGUAAAUGUGCUGUUUAGAUAAGGGUAGCUAUAGCUAUGUUUCGUUUGAUUACACUCACCUACUAUAGGACUAACUUUUUUUAUAUUGUGACACAUCUAGGUCUAGUUUAUAUCGUAUAAGGAUUUCUGCAUGCGUGGCCAACUCCUCUCGAUUUUUAAAUUUUCUUGCGGAUGGCCGAUUUUAGUCAAUGUGGACAUCUAGUCUGAAAUAAAUAGGAACCAGCACGACCAGAUCUUGGAGGAUAUCCGCUACAUUCCAAACUCUACAGAUUUAACAUUUUAUUUGCUCGAAUAGUCUAAAUAUUGAAAUACAUAUUUGGAGCUAUUCGCGACAUUUUGUUUCCUAUUUAUUCGCCUACGUUUUCAAGGAUUUACAAUGAAACGACACAUUUUACUUAAACUAAGCAAUUUUUUAUGUGAUUAUUACAAAGUAUAUAUAUAUUUUUACAUUCAAACUUUGUAGAUAGUAGAAAGAGAUCACUGUGAGUUUAACAUUUAUUAUAUUUGUACAUAGCGAUAUUCUAUUACUUAUCGUAUUUGCCCUUCAUAUUUAUUUGACUCUGCAUCUUUUUAUAAUAAUUAUUAUUAUUGUGCUAGACAGUAAUUUUAUUUGUUUGCUUUGUACAGUAACCUCAUUUUCGGUACUACGCGGUAAAACGUAGAAAUUGUUUUUUAGUUUAUAUCUUUUAAUUGAGAACCAGCACAUUUACACCCAGUUACGUUGUUAAAUGUCCCAAGCUAUUACCAAAAAUUAGAUGAUCCAAUUUUUUGACCAUGAAAUAUAAAUGUGGCGUAAAUAUUUUGUGUUUUUUAAUUUUUGAUAAUAUCUUUUUGUGGCUUUGUGUUAACUAAAUCGAUGUUCAUGUGUGGGUUCAUAUAAUAUAAUUUGCACAAAACAAUAUAUUGUAUAAAUACAUUCGGGGAGUAAAAAAAAGAACAUUAUGUAAUAUAUAAUAUGCAGUGCAAAAGUAUAGAUUUUAGGUAGUAUAGAAAGGAGUCUUUUUGUUUCGAAAAGAUAAACAUUAUGUAAAGAUAUGCUCGCUUUAUGCUUUAAAAUGUAUAGAAGAGAAAAUAACAAUUAACGAUAAUUAGUACCAUUUUUCAUCCUUUUUUGUCACCACUUUGACCAAUUUCAUUUUCCUUGUAUAAAAUUCGCCGAAAGCUGUUCUAGAGCUUUUUCAAACUUUUUUCAAUUCAUUUACAAUUAUGUAUUAUAUUGUAAUAUAAGAUAUCAACUAAUUUGUAUACCAUGCCGUUACACUGCAUUAAAUUACUUCUAAAGU